AACUGUACCAUAAGACGCACCUUUAAAAGAAAUCAAUCAUUAUAUCAUAUAGUUAUCAUCCGCGUUCGCGAACGAGUGACUUUCUUGCGGUCUUCACUUGAUUCUUGUUCAUCGUUUGGUUUUUCACUUGUUUCGGGGCGGGGAUUGAUCCCUACUUAAGCGGUAAGUGUCACCUACUUCCGGCCUACUUGGAAUGUAAAAAUCUUGAUUUCUUAAUUAAAUCGUGGUUGAAGGAGCCGCAAGUUCAAGUUAGUAGUGACCGGUUGCUGACCGAAAGAGGUACUGUGGUGCCUACCGAUUUGUGACUUAUUUAUUUUAUGUGUGUUUUAAGAUUUUUUUUAACUGUGAUUUGCUUGUGAUUUUAAUAUCUGAAACAACAUGAGGUUGUACCUGCUAGGAACAGCCCUGCUAUAUCUUGCCCUUCAAUGCCAAGCAAACCCUAUUAUUAUAACAGCUAAUCCUGACGCACAAAAUGUCCAAGAAAAAUCAGCAGAUAGCAUCGAAUUAAAGGGAGAAAUACAAGAAGCUACCCAAGGUGUCUUUAAUAAAAACAAUGAGGAAGCUAUAGAUUCUGAAAAAUUAAAAGAUAAUAAAGAAAAUACUGAACAGCAAAAAGAUAACACAGAAGUUCAACAAGUCGAUAAAGAUGAAAAUAAGACAGGAGAUGAGAAAAAUGAAAUUAAAUCAGAAAAUGUUGAUGAGAAAGCAUCUGAAGCAUCAACGGAGGUGGCUACAAAAGCUCCAUCCCGCUCGCAAAAAAAGAAGCAUACAAGCAAGUCCAAAGUAACAGGUCGUCAAUCUUCAGACGAUGAUGACGAUGACGAUGAUGAUGAUGAUUCUUUCGAUGAUGAUGAUGAUGAUACCGCUGCUGAUGAGUCCGACGACGAUGACGAUGAUGAUGGUGAUUACUUCGAUGGACUGUUUGAUGAUUUAUUGGGAGGAGGUGACGACGAUGAAGACGAUGAUGAUGAUGACGAUGACGACGACGAUGAAGAUGACGAAGACGCCUCACCAGGAGUCAUCACUAACACGGCUCAACUUGCACAGCCCACUCAAUCUUCACAAGGGACACAAAGUGCCGCUGCUGCUGCUGCUCAAGCAGCAGAAAAUGCUGUACAAGAAUCCGCCGAAGAACAAGCUGUUGAAGAGGGAGAUGUUGAAAAUGAAACAGGUACGGAUUUUCCGCCAGACGGUUCCCUGAUCGAAAAAGACCCAGUACAAUCCGCCGAAGAUGUAUCUAUCGCCCAAAACUCCGUGCAAGAACCAAUUAUAGUCGAACCGGUCCCGGCUAAUGAUGAUGAGGAUGACGAGGAAGACGACGACGAUGACGAAGAAGACGAUGACAUCGUCGGCGGUAUUAUCGGUGACGACGACGAUGAUGAUGAUGACGACGACGAUGACGAUGACGUAACUGACGACGAUGACGACGAAGAUGAUGAUGAUGACGAUGAUGAAGACAGUGUUCUUUCUGAUGUUAUUGACGCUCGGAAUGCACGAGCAAUAAAGGGAAGUCCCAAAAUGCCACCAAUCUACAUCUCAAAGUACAACAGAUUCGUGGAUGCGGUAUUAAACAGGAUCAAUAGAAUGAUAGGGAAAAACUAUGAUCCAGUAAGAGUGAAAUUGCUCAGUGAGAUGCAGCAAAAAAAUUUGAAAAACAAUUCGGGAAAAGGCAAAAAGAACAUGGCAGCGAAAAAAGAUGGAACCAAGAAGAGCAACAAGAUGGGAGAACUGAAUCUGGCAAGGUCCGACAACACAAAAUACCAGAUCAUUUCCGAUUCAACGUCCAGUCCAACAACGUCAGAACACAUAGAACCGGAGUUUGUUCUUAUUUCAAAAGCUAGUAAUAAAGAGGAAUCUUCUAAUUCUGUUAAGGAUACAAGUGAAAUUCGGGCGACACCUACUAGACAAACUAAUAAAAAGAAAGGAGCUACUAACAAUAAACCAAAGGGAGGAAGCAAAACUAAAGUGACCAAAGGAAAUAAGAAACCUGGUAAUACUACCAAACAGUCUGCAUCAACAAAGAAACCACCAAAAGCUAGAGCCACACUAUUUGGGCUUAGUAGUCUUAAAAGAGAUGGAGAUGUAACUGUAAAUAUGAUGUCUGACCAUACGAAUGUAAAAACCAAUUUUGUUUUGGGACCUUUGACUUUAAGAGUGGAGAGAGAAGUAGGAAGAAAAAGUGGUAAAAGAGAAUUAAGAAGUGCCACAGCAACAACAGCUGAAAUGUACGGUAGACUGAACCUUAAACUGGUUGAUGGUGGUGUUGCAACACUUCAUUCCAUAAAGGUUUUACAGCCUAAGCAAGUACGAAUAGAUACCAAAGACAACCACGAUAAGACCACAGAAUUUAUGUGGAAAAGAAGCCCACAAAUCGCAUCUAUAGUCUCCGAUAAACUGGCGUCCGUUGCUAGAUCAAUGCUGAAACCGCCACCACAGCCCAGGCCCUAAAUUUUCUACAAAAACAAAAUCGAAAUGAUACUCAAUAAGUUAGGCUUAGUAUAAGAAAACUUUUUUUUAUAGUCUGGUGUGUGUAUAAAAUAGUGUUUUACAAAAGUUGGUGUUUUAGAUUAUAGUCGUGCGAUUAGAUUAUAGUACAAUACUUGGGAUAAAAUUGAAUGUUGGAUAUUUAAUGUAAGUUAUUUAUUAUAAUAUAUUUAUUUAUUUAUUAA